UCGACUUUGUUCGUUCAAGGAAGAAACUAUAACCAUGAGUGGAAGGGGCAAGGGUGGCAAGGGACUCGGCAAAGGAGGCGCUAAGCGUCACCGUAAAGUUCUCCGUGAUAACAUCCAGGGCAUCACCAAACCCGCCAUCCGCCGUCUGGCUCGCCGUGGUGGAGUGAAGCGUAUUUCCGGUCUGAUCUACGAGGAGACUCGCGGAGUGCUCAAGGUGUUCCUGGAGAACGUCAUCCGCGACGCCGUCACCUACACUGAGCACGCCAAGAGGAAGACUGUGACCGCCAUGGAUGUGGUGUACGCUCUGAAGAGGCAGGGCCGCACUCUGUACGGCUUCGGCGGUUAAACUCAUUUGGCCUCAUCCAUCAAACGGCUCUUUUAAGAGCCACACACUUCAGUUUAAGAGCUUUGUUCUGCGGUGUUUUGUCUUGCUUUAGCAAAAAGUUCUGGAAGUAGUUCAACACGUGACAGGAUCUUCCCCACGAGAUUCAGAGGUAGAGUAUUACGGUGUAACUUAUCACAAUCAAUUACAGCUUCAAUCAAUCGUAGCUUUACUACAGGCCAUACAAAAUUAAGCUAUUUGUAAUGCGUGAUUUUGAUUUUAAACUUAAAAUAAUUGACAUAGCCACAAACUGAACUUCAGAGGUUCCAGGUCCAACCAAUGCCACUGUUUUUAAUACUCUCCUAUAGCAGGAGUGUGAACAUUCAUAGACCAAAUGAAAAACAAAACAGAUUUCACUGAUUCAUCAGUUUAUUUGUAUAUGUCUUCUGGCCAGAAAUCUGCUUAAAGCAGAAGUUUAUUUUCUUUUUAAAGAUGACCAACCCACCUUCAAUCUAGGAGAGUGGUGCUCAAUUUAAAGUUUUGUUAAUUUGUAAUUAUAGACAUGGAUGAAGCCCUGUAAAGCUUUUGAAACUUCUUCCUCAUGUGUGCCUGAAAUAUAAUUUUCACCAAUCAUUUCAAUGUAACCUUCCUGAUGUGUCAUCUUCCUUUCUGAGAAGGGUUAAAAAUUCAGUAUUGAAUGAGUGUGGGAUUAAAGGAAAAAGUAAAAUAAAAGAUGU